UUUCUGCGGGGAGACGCUCCGAUGGUGCUGAAUUUUUCCAAGAUGUCGUCGCUGGAACAGAGACUCUCCCGAAUCGAGGAGAAACUGAAGCAGGAGAAUAAUGAACCUCGCAGACGGAUCGACCUCAACAUCGACAUGAGCCCGCAGCGCUCGCGCCCGAGGCCCAUCAUCGUGAUCCAGCUCAGUCCUGCUCCAGCCCCUUCCCAGCGCGCAGCUUUGCAGCUGCCGCUGGCCAACGACGGCGGGAGCCGCUCCUCUUCCUCAGAAAGCUCACCGCAGCACCACUCGUACCCCAGCCGACCUCGACACAUGCUCACGUUGCCUACUCCACCCUACGGCCUGCCGAAGAGCUUGGAGAAUGCUGAAAUAGACCAGAAGCUACAGGAGAUUAUGAAACAGACGGGUUACCUGAAGAUUGACGGACAGCGUUAUCCUGCGGAGGUGACGGAUCUGAUCAACGAGGGCGAGAUCGGAAGUGGUACCUGUGGACAGGUGUUUAAAGUGCGCUUUAAAAAAACUGGCCACGUCAUUGCCGUCAAGCAAAUGCGGCGGACGGGCAACAAGGACGAGAACAAGAGGAUCCUCAUGGACCUGGAUGUGGUCUUAAAAAGCCAUGACUGCCCGUAUAUCAUCCAGUGCUAUGGAGCUAUAGUCACCAAUACUGAUGUGUUCAUUGCCAUGGAGCUGAUGGGGACGUGUGCAGAGAAGCUAAAAAAGCGCAUCCAAGGGCCCAUACCAGAGUGCAUUCUGGGGAAGAUGACCGUGGCGAUCGUGAAGGCUCUGCUGUAUCUGAAGGAGAAGCAUGGCGUCAUCCACCGAGACGUGAAGCCCUCAAACAUCCUGCUGGACGACAAAGGCCAGAUCAAGCUCUGCGAUUUUGGAAUCAGCGGCCGCCUCGUCGACUCCAAAGCCAAAACCCGGAGCGCCGGCUGUGCUGCUUACAUGGCGCCUGAGAGAAUAGACCCUCCAGACCCCAGUAAGCCAGACUAUGACAUCAGAGCUGACGUUUGGAGUCUUGGCAUCUCUCUGGUGGAGCUGGCCACGGGACAAUUCCCGUAUAAGAACUGCAAAACAGACUUCGAGGUGCUGACCAAAGUGCUACAGGAGGACCCUCCUCUUUUGCCUCUCAGCAUGGGCUUCUCGCUCGACUUCCAGUCAUUUGUUAAAGACUGCCUCACAAAGGAUCACAGAAAAAGGCCAAAAUACCACAAGCUGCUUGAACACAGUUUCAUCCGGCGCUACGAGGUGCUGGAGGUGGACGUAGCAGGCUGGUUUCAGACGGUGAUGGAGCGCACGGAGUCUCCGCGCAGCAGCCAGUGCUACAGCCAACACCAGCUCCACUCGCUGUUCAGCAGGUAGCCGCAACACGCGGAGGCGGACGGACGAAGAGACAGAGUGGGACGGACGGACGAGGCGAGAGCGCGGAGGGAUAUGUGUGUGUGGGAAAGGGGAGUGGGGACAGAGGCUGGUUUGAGACAGAUGAAAGUAAAGAUGACUGACAGACAGACACGGGCAAGUGUGUUGUAAAUUUGAAACCUAUUUAUAAUUUUUUUUUCUCUCCUUUAUUUCUUUCUUUUCAUCCACCACUCUGGGACAGACGUUAGCCUUAGGAGUUGCUAGUCGUGCACGUUCACACGUUUAGUGUCAUACACCUUCACUACCGUUAUAAGCUAUAGAGCACUGUACAGUGUAAAGCGACAGCUGUGAAUAUCAUCACGUAUUGACUUUUUUUUCGAAUCAGUGUAAGCCAUAUGGCUGCGCGGUGUGUGUAGCCGCCCUGCAUAGUGUGUGUACAUACGUGUUUUGUGUUCGUACAAAAUGAUACUGUGUCCUUUAUACCGCGGUCAUUAGCUCCACAUCCUCCAUUAGCCCCUUACUCAGGGACUGAACAGAGUAGUCGAACAACACUGAGCCAAGGUGUGUGUGUGUGUGUGUGUGUGUGUGU